AUGUCGGUUCAGCCUGUCGCCCUGUACGGGCUCGAGGUCCCGCCCGCUGGUGUCCUGGUUCCUGCCAUGCAGGAGGACAGCAUCCCCAAUGCCUCUUUCCGCAUCACAAUGGCCGCCCUGGACCCUACCGAGGCACCUGAGGCCGACGAGGAGGGCAACAUCCCCGCCGUCCCCCGCGCCACCCUGAAGCUCGUGCGCCAGAGAUACCCUGACCUCGAUGACGAGCUCGAUGACGAGUACCUCGAGGCCCUUAUGGGUGGCUCCGACGACGACGAGGACAGUGACGACGAUGACGAGCCCAACGGCGGCCCCAGUGACCCCUCCAAGUCCAAGAAGGCCAAGGCCGAGGCCGCCCUGAAGAAGCUCAUCGAGGCUGCUCAGGAGGAGGAGUCCGACUCCGACGAGGAGAUGGCCGACCAGCCCAAUGGCUCCAAGCCUAACAAGAAGGGCAAGGAGCCUGCUACCUCGAGCGACGACGAUGACGAUGACGACAGCAUCGACUCGGACGCCAUCGACUUGGAGGAGUUCGUCAUCUGCACCCUCGACACUGAGAGAAACUACCAGCAGGCCAUUGACAUCACUGUUGGCCCCAAUGAGAAGGUCUUCUUCCGUGUUACCGGUACCCACUCCAUCCACCUGACUGGUAACUACACCAUCGACUUGGCCGAUGAGGAGGACUCCGAGGAUGAGGAUGAUGAAGAUUACGACGACUUCCCCAACGAGCUUGAGGAGAUGUACGGCGCCGGCUCCGACGAGUCGGAAGACGAUGAGCUCGAUGGCCUUGAGGACCCCCGCAUCACCGAGGUUGACUCAGAGGAGGAAGCCCCCAAGCUGGUUGAGGCCAAGAAGGGCAAGAACAAGCGUCGCGCUGAGGAGGAUGGUGAGAGCCUUGAUGCUCUGAUUGCCAAGGAUGCCGAGGAGGGCAAGCUCAGCAAGAAGCAGCAGAAGAAGCUGAAGAACAACAAGGGCGACGCUGUCGCCGUUGAGGAGAAGGCCAAGGCUGGCGAGAGCCCCAAGGAUGCCAAGAAGGUUCAGUUCGCAAAGAACCUCGAGCAGGGUCCUACGGGCUCUACCGCUCAGGCUGACAAGGGUGCCAAGCCUGGUGUCAAGGUGGUGCAGGGUGUCACCAUCGAUGACCGCAAGAUUGGCAAGGGCCGAGCUGCUAAGAAGGGCGACAAGGUCGGCGUUCGAUACAUCGGCAAGCUGACAGACGGCAAGGUGUUCGAUGCCAACAAGAAGGGUAAGCCCUUCACCUUCGGUGUCGGCCGCGGUGAGGUCAUCAAGGGCUGGGACAUCGGUAUCAUUGGCAUGCAGUGUGGCGGUGAGCGUCGUGUUACGAUCCCCGCCCACCUGGCCUACGGCAAGAGCGCGUUGCCCGGUAUCCCUGCGAACUCGACGCUGGUUUUCGACAUGAAGCUCCUGGAGAUCAAGUAG